AGAGAAAAUAUAAUUUUCUGUUGAAUAAACUAAAACUGAAUUAAAUUAGAACUAAAAUUAAUAUUUUAAAAGAGUGGUUACACACACGUUAAAUAAUGCUGUUGUUUUUCUAUUCCCUUAUUGCUUAUUUUAAUAGGCUAGAAUAGGAAUAUUGUUACGUCAUUUAAAACAUACAUUAUGUAUAAAUACGUUUUAUAUAUAUAUAUAUAUAUAUAUAUAACAUGUUACAUGUUUGAUAUGUUACAUAAAAAAUACAUGUAGAAUGCUUUUUCUUUAUGUUUUUUAGAAGACAGAAUGUAACUUAUGACAUACAGACGGCGUCAUUAAUGCCUUCCUAGCUGUGUUCUGGGGAUUUCUAUAGUGCACGUUACUAUGCUUCAAGUGGAAGGCAUUAAUGAUGCCGUCUGUAUUGUAUUAUAUUAUAAGUUGUCUAGUGAUUAUAAUGAAUGAGUGAGAGUUAUAGCAUAAAUCAACUUGUAUCAACUGCUCUUUUAAUUUUGCUUAUAAUGUAGAAAAAGAAAGAAAAUUAAUAUAUUACUGAAGUUUUUCUCUAUAUCAUCUCCUAUAUCUCGUUUAAAUUCUUCUGAUACUUUAUUCACUUUAAAGAAUUUAAAUUUUUGCCAACAUUAGAUUUAAAAUUCUUGAAAUUUUGAAUAGUGUAACUUCCUUGCCGAUUAUGUUUUCUUGACUACUUUAGAAAAAAGCAUGCUUAUUCAUAAGACAAGUAUUUUGUGUUGCAUAGACUUCAUUAAAUUUUUAAAAAUUACAAAAUGAUUACAUUGCUUUCGCACUUACAUUCAUGCUUAUUCGUUCUUACAUUAUUUUAAUUCUUAUAAAGUAAUACUCAGACGGUCAAGUCUGUCAAAAGCAAAGUAUCUGCUACAAAUUUUGUUAGCAGAAAAACUACAGAUUUGAUGACGGUUCUGAUAUAUUACAUGAUGUCGGUAGAAUGCUAACACAGAAGUCUAACAGAAUCAGACAGCAGAUUAGCGACAGAAAUCGAGCAGAUCCUGCCGAAACUGUUCAGUUUCUGCGCGAUUUCUGUUGCCAAUCUACAGUCUGAUUAUAUAUUAGCAGACUCUGCUGGCUGCUAAUAGAACAAUUAAGUUGAAUGCGGACGCAGUUGAUGUCAGUCUGCUGACAUGUCUAAUCAAAUCUGUUAUGGCCAGUCUACAAUAAGUCGUUAGUCGUUAGUCAAAUGUCGGAAGAGAGUCGGAAAAAGUCAUAAAACGUGUCAUAAGGCGAUCGGAAGUCUGUAAUCGGCAAUCACAUAAGCGAUUGGCCAAAUUCCAUCUCUUACGAUCACCGAUUACAGGCCUCUGAUUGCCUUACGAUACGCUUAUAACUAUUUCUUCCGACAUCUGACUAACGACUAACGACUCAUUGUAGACUGUAGACUGGCCAUUACAAAUCUGCCGACAGACUGCUAACUGCUAUCAUUUUGGUUACUGGAGAUAUAUAAAUAAUGCUUCGUUAUUCUCAUUCUCUUACAUUUUUUUUCUUUUUUAUUCUACUUUUCAUAUAUUCAUUCACACUCUCGCUUGCUCGCACGUUUGUCUCAAAUAAGAUACACUGAAACAACGAGAAAAGAAGAUAGAUUCUUAUUAUUAGUGAUAAAUGUAACCGCGUGACGGAAAAGGAAUUCUUCUUUCAACCCAAUGGAUUUUCGACUCAUGCGAGUCAGUGUACCACGAUUAUGGAAAAGGAAUUACUGAAAAGAAAAGAAAAGUAGAAAGACUGAAGACAGGAAGGAAAGAGAGGGAUCAACGAUGCCGCGAUUCGCCGCUGAUACGAAUCGCAGCGGGGCGGUAAGCUGGCUGCCGCUGGACCAAAAUGGACGCAAUUGGAUGAAGGAAGACUCGUGGAUAGCUAGAUACGGCGAUGGCGUAGAUAGUCAUCCGCGAAGUGGCAAAGUCCAUUGCGAUCAAGUCACCAUCGUCCUCGCGCGACGGCGCGAGUCCCAGUGAGAGGAUGUCGUGUCGCGACCCCGACAACCUGAUGAUUAGUGACGACGAGAGCUUCGAUUAUCUGUUUAAAAUCGUGCUGAUUGGCGACUGCGGCACGGGCAAGACUUGCGUGGUGCAACGCUUUAGAUCCGGCACGUUCGUCGAACGCCACGGCAACACCAUCGGCGUCGACUUCACCAUGAAGACCGUCCUCAUCGACGGCAAGAGGGUCAAGCUACAAAUAUGGGAUACUGCGGGACAGGAAAGAUUUCGAACGAUAACUCAGAGUUACUAUAGAUCUGCAAAUGGAGUAAUCGUAGGUACGUAUAUAAGUACAUUAGCCGCAUAAUAGAUCAUUUUUCGAUUAACAUGUAUUGUAUUAUUUGUAUU